AUGUCUGAGCAAGCUUACCAACGCCUCUGGGAUUCCUCCCAUGUGACCCUGCAAGAGCUGCUGGACCAAGAGCUGCCCCUGCUCGAACCGGUGCCCGACAGGGAGCGCCAGUCCUUCCAUUACAGGCUGUCAUCGCUCUACUUGUACUACCUGGGGCUGCUGCGCCGGUUCGACACCCUCUACGACCAGAUGGUGCACCCGCAAAAGCGGAGGCUGCUGCGGCGCCUGCUGGAUGGCGUGGCGGGCCGCGUGCUGGAGCUGAAGGACGACCUGGUGCGCACCGACUUGAGCGAAUACCACUGCCUGGACCACGUGCUGCAGGACCUCAAGCUUACCCCGGCAGACCUGGAGGUUCCAAUCCCCAAAUACUUCCUGCUGGAGCAGUCCACCAUUCUGAAGGAGCGAGGGCUGAUGCUGGCAGAGAUCCUGUCCAGAAUGGGACCAGUGACCUCCAAGACGAGUUUUCCAGAAAUGCACCGGACCAAGGCCAUAAUCCUGCUGCAAAGGGCUGAGAGGGCCAGGCAAGGCCGGCUCCGAGCCACCUUCAUGCGAGAGAUUCGGAAAGAGGAAGAGCGGGAUCGGAAGAUUCGAGAGGAAGGUUGGCACAGGUUCAGUCAGGACCAAGCAGCUAUCAUCAUACAGAAGGUGUGGAAGGGUUACUUGCAGAGGAAGCGUACUCAGCAUGAUCGGUGGACAGAGAUGGAGUUCAUUGGCAUGCUCCACUCGGCUCACCAGGUGAAUUUGCGUGUCAUGUAUCAAGCCGGCCUGGGGGAAGAUAUCGGCAGGCUCCGCCAAAUAGAGAAGGAGGAGGAGUUCCAGGUGGCAAUGGUGAAGACCCACGAUGUCCUCAGGGAGACAGAGGGGCCUGACAUGAAGGAGAAAUUGAAGGAGCAAAUCCGACAGUGGUUUAUCGAGUGCCAUGCCCUUACUGGUCGGUUCCCUGAUUAUCCAGAUGAAUCUUUAGGUGGAUCCUAUCUGAUCUUUGCAGACAAGACUCCAGAACAGGUAAAAAUGGAACUGGAGGUGCAGGCCCAGGAGAGCAAAAAAAAGAACCAAGAGAAAAAUAAGGAAAAAGAAAAUGAGAAAAAAGAGAAGAAACAGAAGAAAGAGAAGGGUAGGAAGAGGGAAGCAGACACAAUGCUGAAAGCAUGGCCAUCCAAAUUUAUACCUGUGAUUAAUGCCGGACAUGAAGAGUACAUAAAUAUGUGGAAGAACCAGCAUGAGAGUAUACACCCGACUCAGAGUUUUGACCCCGAGGCACUCAGGGUGGAGAAGAGGAAGGAAGUAGAGGAGGAGAUCCGGAUACAGGUUGAUGAGCUGAUGCGUCAAGAGCUGAAGAACCUGUACCUGGCUGUGGACAGGGAGGAGGGGAAACCCUUGAAGCCUCCGAAGAAAAAGGCUGGGAAGAAAACUGGGAAGAAGAAGAAGGAAAAAGAUCUGACCCCAGACAGGUCCGUGGAGUCUCUGCUUGAAGAGCUCGUUGUCUUUGGCUUUCUAAGGAAGAGCGAGACAGUGACCUUAAAAGACUACAUUGGUGACUUCCUCUAUCUCGGAUCCACUCUGAACUUGGCAAACAAGUUGCCUAUGCCUUCCCUGUUUGACAUACGACAGAAUGUGGCCCUGUAUGGAGUCCUUCGGCUUGGCUCCCCUGAUAUACACGCCAUGGCUCCCCUCAUCCGCUCCAUCCUCCUGGUGGGCCCUUCUGGCAUGGGGAAGAAGAUGUUGGUCAAGGCCGUGUGCACAGAAACUGGUGCCAACCUGUUUGACCUGUCACCCAGCAACCUGCAGGGCAAAUAUCCUGGCAAGAUGGGGGUGCAGAUGAUAGUGCAUAUGGUCUUUAAGGUGGCUCGACUCUUACAGCCCUCUGUGAUCUGGAUUGGGAAUGCUGAGAAGAAUUUCUAUAAGAGGGUCCCCAAAGAAGAGAAGGAGAUGGACCCAAAGCGAAUAAAGAAGGAUCUCACCAAGGCCCUGCGACUGCUGAGCCCAGGAGACCGUGUGAUGCUGAUAGGGACGACUGACCAGCCACAGCUGGCGGAGAUGAAGGGGCUGUGCCGGACCUACGAGCGAAUCCUCUUCAUGCCACGGCCUGACUAUGCUUCUCGGUUUGUGCUCUGGAGGCAGAUGAUAGAGACCCAGGGAGUCCAGGUGACCCAGAACCUAGACAUCAGCGCCCUGGCCAAGGUGUCCGAUGGCUACACACCCGGGCACAUUCUCCAAGCCAUCCACUCAGUGCUGACCGAGCGGCGGGUCCUGCAGUUGUCCAAGCAGCCCCUGGUGGCCUCAGAGUUCCUGGGCCAUCUGGCCAAGCUGGAGCCAAUGUACAGGGAGGAGGAGGAGUCCCUGAAGGACUGGUACUUCAAGACACCACUGGGCAAGAGGAAGGUAAAAUUCAUCAAGGACCAGGAUGUUGAGGAAGCCAAACUGGCAAAGGAGAGGAAGAAAAGAAAGUGAUAGUUGAGGCCAGAGUGCCCAAGCUCGGCAGCAGGACCGGGAUGCGCCCCGCAGGUGGAGGGCUGGGGCAGAGGCAUAAACGGCCACGCAGCUCGGGAAGCAGCUCUCUCUGUGCAUCUCCGUGCUUUCCACCCCUGCUCUGUGCCCCCUGCUGGUGCCCAGCCUCCCUCUCCCACCCAUCUUCACCCACUCACAGCCUUCUCCCUGGGGCCCACUGAUCUGUGUCCCCUGACCCCACCUGUGCCUUCAUCUCUGGUCGUCUCCCGUUCCGGCUUCCCAACUCUCUUCCUCCUUGGGAUUUUUAAGAGAGAAAAAUAAGAAAAGGAGGAGAGCAGGAAAAAGAGAAGGGAGAAGGAAGGUCUACAGUAGUCUGGAAAAAGGAAAAAGCAAGUUUGGAAGUCAGCAAACCCUGGCGAGAGCCCCACCUUGGUACUAUCCCCCUGUGUGACCUGGCACAGACCAUUCCUGUCUCCGGGCCUCAGUUUCCUUACCCGUAUAGCAAGGAGAGUUGGACCAGCCACUCUUUGAGGUCCCUGGUACUCUAGGGUUUGGUUAUUCUUACAGAAGUGUGUCGGGGUGGGGGGUGAGGACUCUUCGGGAGCAGCGGGGUGAGGUAGAGGAAGGUUCUAGGGAGAGUGUGGUGGGUGGCCAGAACAAGGGCCCUUGGCAGAGGACCUGCCUUCUCUGAGUGGUCUCCACAUCUUGCUGAAACCCCCCCUACCCCCCACCUUGCCUGCCCAGGCUUUGCUCUCCUUCCUCUGACCCAGAGCCUGUUCCUCAGGGGACAGAUGGGACACAGCCUCCUGCCUCUGAGUGGAAGUUCGUCUGUGUGUCCCCUUUGCUGAGGAGGGAAGGGUUGGGGGUGCCGAAGGAGACCUUGGGGAGCAAGGGACAGUCAUGCCACUGAGGGCUGAGAGCCCCAGGGUUCUCUCAGAAGCAUCCGUGUAAAGAGUGUGUGAAUAAAGUCAAGGUGUGUUCUGCAGGUCACAGAGGCCAAUGAGAGACAAUGAGAGCCCCUGCGGGCUGCCCAGAGGGCUGGGUUUUAAGUUCUCUUUCUCUCUAUUUUCCUGUUUAUCUCCCCAAAUGAAAGUAGUCUCCUUGGGGAUCCCUGGGUGGCUCAGUGGUUUGGCGCCUGUCUUUGGCCGGGGCAUGAUCCUGGGGUCCCGGGAUCGAGUCCCAUGUCGGGCUCCCGGCGUGGAGCCUGCUUCUCCCUCUGCCUGUGUGUGUGUC